AUGUAUUCAGCUAAUAGUGGCAGACGUCAUGAGAGAAGGUUCGACACAAACAGACCUGAAUUAUAUGAGGAGGUGAAGUUGUUCCGAAAUGCUCGUGAAAGGGAAAAGUAUGACAACAUGGCUGACUUGUUUGCGCUCAUCCAAACACUACAGUGCCUGGAAAAAGCUUACAUUAAAGAUGCUCUUACAGCUAAAGAAUACACUGAGGCGUGCUCCAAACUUUUAGCACAAGUCAGCGCAGCAUUCAACCUGGUUAAAUCGAGUGCCUACCCAGACAUACCAACAUUUAUGAAGGAGUAUUACCUGGACUGUCCUGCAGCCUUACAGCGAAUUGAGGAGGGCAAGCCAAUCACUAUACAGGAUAACCAAGGAAAUAUCAGCAAGAGUAUAGCUGAUGUGAUAUCUUUGUACAUCACUCUGUGUGACAAACUUCAAAUGGAUAUGAGAGCUAAGGAUGAGCUGUACACCGAUUUGAAAUGCUUGGCAGAUGUUCUAGACCGGAUGAGUAACCUACCGUCCGACUUUGAUGGCACGAAGAAAGUAUAUUUCUGGGUUGGGGAACUGGGACAGUUGUAUUUAACAAGUUGA